CGUGAGGUGUGAACCUCGUCCGCCUCCCCGGCCUGGCGCCCGGGCCCCACACGCCACGCCCGCCCAAUCAUGCCCACACUGCCUCCAGCUUACGCCAACUGCCAAGCAGGCACGCAGGCAGCUGCUAAACGCGUUCGCUUCCCCCUCCCGCGCCGCGCCCGCGCUCCUCAGCAAACGCAAGCAAGCGCGCCCCCGGGCUCCUAUUUAAGCUCGCCCCGCCUCUGCCUGCCCCACUCAUCUCAGCAUCUCACCAUCGCUUCAAGCCAAGCAAUCACCUGAUCAAAAGCAACGAUCCAGGAGCAAGCAUCAUCACCCCGCAGUAAACUCUGCGCAAUGGCGGCAGGGAAGGCGGCGCCGAUGAAGAAGCCGUCGUUCGGGACGCGGGCGUGGCGGCUGCUGCGCCUGGCGGUGCUCUGGGCGCGGCGGGGCGGCGCGGCGCACAGCCUGCGCCUGCUCCGGACGCUCCGGCGCCACGGGCACGGCCUCGGCCUCGGCGGCGGCGGGGCCCGCGGCGACCGCCUCCGGCACGGGGAGCGCGAGUUCUCCAUCGACGAGACGCCGGCGUUCCGGUUCCGCACCCCGUCCGCGCGCGUGCUCCGCCUCAUCCCCUGCAUCGCCCCCGAGACCCCGGGCCUCUACGGCGACGACCGCUACUUCUUCCGCGACGCCGCGGCGCGCGCGCUGGAGGAGGACGACGCCGAGGCGUACGGCAGCAGCUACGGCGCCGACCAGCUGGGUAGCGAGCGCGCCGGCGGCGACGAGGAGGAGGAGGAGGAGCUGAGCUGCUACUGCGCCUACGGCGGCGGCGACGACGAGCAGCUCCUGGAGCGCGCGGUCGCGGAGUCGUGCCGCGCGAGCACGGCCGCGGAGGAGGACGCCGGGGUGGACGUGAAGGCGGACGAGUUCAUCGCCAGGUUCUACGCGCAGAUGAAGCUGCAGCGCCAGAUCUCGUGGCUGCAGUACAACGAGAUGAUGCAGAGGAGCGUCAGCUAGAUCGAUUGCUCUGUUGAUCCUUGAUUACUAGCAGUAGCAGUUGAGUUUUGGUUCUUUCGUUCGACACAUAUGCAUGCACAGCACCUGUACACAGAGUUGCAGAAUUAUUACAGAAUACAAUUUUUUUCAUUGAAUCCGUGCCUGAGUUGGCUUAUUUCCUUGUUAGCCGCUGCACGUUUGUUUGUGCAUUUGAGGCAAUAUGAUAAGGCGGCCACUAGAUUGCUUGCUUGAUUGAUUCCA